GCAAGGCACCGGCACUGUACGUCAAUAGCUACACAGUUCCUGCAGGAAAUUGCCAGCUGCCCCCGUUUACCGGAUUUGUUCUGAAAAUAUGCCGAAAAGAUACCGAGAGUGGCUGUUCAAAGACAAUAUUGGGAAGCCUCGCUCAACAGAAGCUAGGCACGCGAAGAAAGCUGCUCAUAGUGAUGGCCCCUCGCUGCUUGGAGGUCCCGACAGAGUGGAAGAUGCAGCGGCUGCAGUGGGAAUGCCGGCUGACGCUUUAAGUGGCGAAGAAUCUACGAGUGACGACUUCCUCGACGACACAGCAGCAGACCCGUCCCUCGGCUCCAUAAGUGAUGGGCUUCCUGAAGCAAGCGAUGGGCAGCUGAAUAUCGUACAAAGUGAUUCAGAAGCAGAUUCUGCAACAGAAGAAGAUCCUGCUGAUGCUCUGAGAUAUGACCUGCUGGAUGAUGUAUCCUUGUGCUCCAGUGAUGACGAGGACUUGUCGCCCCAGCAUGAACCCUCAGCAAACCAGACAUCAGAACUGGAUGAGCCACUGUACGCUGGAUCACGUGUGACCGUUGGUGAAAGCAUGGUGCUUAUUCUUGGGCAUUGCCUGCGGCAUAACACCACUAAGGAGGCAACUGAGAGCCUUCUGAAGCUUAUUGAAGCCCACGUGCCUGAGGAAGCUGCCAUACCAACGUCGAAAUAUGCCUUUUUUAAGCAAUUUACAAAUGCUAGGGAGAACGCCACAUUACAUUUCUAUUGCCCGUCUUGCUCACUUUAUCUGGGCGAGAGGUACAUGUUGGAAGAAAUAGUGAAGAUACUCGAAGAGGAAGAUGACGAUGUGUCAGUGAUUUACAUCGAGCUGCCAGAGGCUAACACCUAUUCGGGUGAACACUCGGCCGAUGAAGACUCAGACAGGCUCAUUGACAUUCUAAGCGGGCGGCAGCUAUGA